UGGCCUACGACAGCAGCGCCGACUGGUUCUCGCUGGGCUGCAUGCUCUUCAAGCUGCUCCGGGGGCACAGCCCAUUCCGGCAGCACAAGACGAAGGACAAGCACGAGAUUGACCGGAUGACCCUCACCAUGGCUGUGGAGCUGCCAGACUCCUUCUCCCCAGAGCUGCGCUCCCUGCUCGAGGGGCUGCUGCAGCGGGAUGUCAACCGGCGCCUGGGCUGCAUGGGGCGAGGGGCGCAGGAGGUGAAGGAAGAGCCCUUCUUCAAGGGCCUGGACUGGCAGAUGGUGUUCCUGCAGAAGUACCCGCCGCCCCUCGUCCCACCCCGCGGUGAGGUGAACGCGGCCGACGCCUUUGACAUCGGCUCCUUUGAUGAGGAGGACACCAAGGGCAUCAAGCUGCUGGAGAGCGACCAGGAGCUGUACCGCAACUUCCCGCUCACCAUCUCGGAGCGCUGGCAGCAGGAGGUCACCGAGACCGUCUUCGACACUGUCAACACCGACACGGACAAGCUGGAGGCUCGCAAGAAGGCCAAGAACAAGCAGCUGGGCCACGAGGAGGAGUACGCCAUGGGCAAGGACUGCAUCAUGCACGGCUACAUGGCCAAGCUGGGCAACCCCUUCCUGACGCAGUGGCAGCGCCGCUACUUCUACCUCUUCCCCAACCGCCUGGAGUGGCGCGGGGAGGGCGAGUCGCCGCAGUCCCUGCUCACCAUGGAGGAGAUCGACUCGGUGGAGGAGACGCAGGUGAAGGAGCGCAAGUGCAUCCUGCUCCGAAUCCGAGGGGGCAAGCAGUUCGUGCUGCAGUGCGAUAGCGACCCCGAGCUGGUGCAGUGGCGGAAGGAGCUGCGGGACGCGCAACGCCAGGCGCAGCAGCUGCUGCAGAGGGUGCCCCGCAUGCAGAACAAGCCCCGCUCGCCCGUGGUGGAGCUCAACAAAGUGCCG